CCAGUCAGCAAUUCUUCUUUGCAGUUCACACCGUUUUUUUUUUUUUUCAUUUUGUGCCCGCCCAACUGUUGUUUUGCACAGGCGAGGAUUUUCAAUAACUUCUGAAAUAUUCCAAAGUGAUAAUUAAAAUAUAAAUUUGGUAGGAGAGCGCUUCCAGCAUGUCUUCAGACACCGACUCAGAACUUGCACGCGCAGCUGCUGCUAUGCUCUCGCUAAACAAUGAUUGUUUGGAAAGAAUUUUUAGUUAUUUGGAUCUACCUGAGCAGAUUCGCUUUGCGAGAAUUAAUCAACGAUUCCGUGAGGGCUUUAAAGAAUAUGCCAAACGUGCACAUAAAGUAUGUGACCUCUACAAAAUAUCACUUAUGUCUAUAUACGACAUACGCGAGUUCUUUCAAUUGGCUGGAGAAAAUAUUCAAAAAAUAACGCGCGAAACCGAAUUUCGAACACAAAAUUCUAUGUUUCCAUGGUUGGGAGAAUUCUGCACGCAAUUGAGAGAACUAAAUUUGAGUAACUGUUCUUUGAAUGACGAAUCGAUUAUAUGGUUGCAAAAUUUAAAUAAUUUGGAGAUAUUAGCAAUUGCCAAUAAUAGAGAGAUAUCAGGAACAUAUUUAAGCGGAUUAGUGCAUUUAACCGAACUGAACCUAUGUGGAUGCAUUCAUGUCCAGCAAGAGGCUUUGAUUGAGAUGUUCAAGGCGUUGACUAAAUUAAAGAGACUAGAUAUAAGAGGAUGUUUGGCGAUAACGUCAGAGUUUCUCCCCGCUUUGACCACCUUUUGCAGAGAGCUUGAAGUGUUGAAGAUGUCGUGUUCCAGAUUCAGUUAUGAAUUUUUGGCAUUAUUGCCUCGACUAAAAGAACUCAUGCUCUUGGAUCGCAUUUUCAGUCCCACGCGAAAGACACGUUUGCUUGAUGCAUUGGUCGCAAUAAAGUCGAAUCAACUGGAAUCACUGGAAAUGUAUCAAACAGACUCCUUGCAUGACAUACAUUUCACCUUUAUAUCUCAGAUAAGAAGCUUGAAAAAACUUGCAAUUGACUUCAAUGCAGGACUCAUCGACUCUGUGCUAAACAAAUUUGGUAAUCUAAAGCAACUCGAAACUUUGUCAAUAACAGGCUGUAAAAAUAUGAGCGCUCAGGGUCUUUUGAAUCUACUAAGGAAUUGUCCGCGACUCCACAGUUUAAAUAUUCAACAUUGUGACAACAUAGAAACCAAAUUCGUGCUCGAUGUAAUUCCGAUUCUACACGAUGAAAGUGCUGAACGGGAGAAACCAUUCAAACUUUUCGUAUUUGAAACCAGAAUAGCGCAGGCACAGUUGGCUGAGAAAGCGCAAUAUUUGGAGGCUGUGGAAAAAUCACUUAUCAAAAUAGAGUUCAAUAUGGUUAACUUUCUCGUAGGUGAUGGAAUCUAUUUAAAUCAAUUUAGAGCGCAGGUUCUCUCAGCCAACGUCGGCGAAGACAGACCAGGUGCUCAGAUGGCACGAGAGAAAGUCUGCGUAAUAAUGUCAAUAGAGAAUUAAGCCUUUUUCUAUAAAUAUUUAAAUUGUUGAAAUAGUUCACGAAUUGUAAGGCUGAUUCCAAAACUUUUUUCGUAGCUUAAAAAAUAUUAGUUUUUUCAAUGAUGUAUGCUGCCAUUUUGUCAUUAUAUAUGUAUGUAUUUUAAUUGAAAUUGUAUGAUUUUAAAACUCCAUGCAUGGGGAAAAGCAUAUUCAUCAAGUAAAUGUGAGUUCAACUAAGGGGUGCGGAAUAAAAACAUCUUAAUAAUGGUAA